AUGGGAGAGUCUAGUACUGAGCUACCUGACCCUGAACUCUACCUGAGAAAGUAUACUGGUGGUGGGGCGGGUUCAGGUAGACGGAGAGCUCCAGGAGCUCCAGGAACUGGAAGAUCAAGAUCCGCCAGAACAUACAGAGAAAUGAGAGGUUCAACGACGGAGACGACCUGUAAACCUCCAGUUCCUAAAAACACGGAUCACGUUCCUAAACCUUUCAAGUCAUGCAAGAAUAUAAUCCAUUGGAAUGCAUUUAAUCAGAUGAGAUCCUCUCCAACUAAACCGCAGGAGAUAAAGAUAGUUGAUCAGCCGUCAGGAAAUGUGCAGUUAGCGGAGAAAGCGGGAUUAGUUCCAAAAUAUGUAAAUAAAAAGGACUACGGUAGGACACCUGAGUAUCUAAACAGGUUUAAAGGAGAUGCCGAGGCGGAGGCGAGAAGGUGGGAGGCGGAGAUGGCGGAAAAUCAGCGUCGGAAGGAAUCUAUGAAACUGUCAGAAGAGGAACGCCAACAAAUUCUCCAGGGUCUCCGGUGCAACUGGUCCCUUGUAAACCAAACCUAUCAAGGUUUAUCUUUACUCACGGAUACACUCAACAAGAAGCAUAGAAAGACAAGGGUUGAAAACCAGCUCAAACAACUCGAGAAGUUUAUUCAGAUUCUUGAGAAACAUCAAAUAAUAUUUAUUGCUGAUAAUCCGUAUGCUCUUCUCUAGAAAUUCUUGAUCAGAAUUAGUCUAGACUCUAAACUAAAAGCGCAAAAAGUUUGGAAACCUCUUUUGGGGUUCUUAUCGAUCCUUGUUAUUUCAAUUUUAAACCUCUUGCAAAAAUAAAUUUUAAAAUUUUCCAUCUUUUUGCUAUCCCCCCUCCCCUUGCGCACAAUUGUUCUUGUGGAUUCAAAUUCAAGAAAACCAUUCAAAUCAAAAUGUUAAAAUUUUUACUUUUACACUGAAGGGAA